GCGGCGGAGCGAGGGCGCGGGAAGUCCGGAAUCCGCGCGCGGCAGCCAGAGUAUGAGCCUGGACCGCGAGCUUCGUCAGCUGAGCAAGGCCAAGGCCAAGGCCCAGAGGAGCGGGCAGCUGCGGGAGGAGGCCGCUCUCUGCCACCAGCUAGGGGAGCUCCUGGCCAGCCAUGGCUGCUACGCGGAGGCCCUGCAGGAGCACCAGCAAGAGCUGCAGCUCCUGGAGACCACCGACGACCCUCUGGGCUGCGCGGUGGCCCACCGCAAGAUCGGAGAGCGGCUGGCAGAGAUGGAGGACUACUCAGCUGCCCUGCAGCACCAACACCGCUACCUGGAGCUGGCACAUUCCCUGUCCAACUACAUCGAGCAGCAGAGGGCCUGGGCCACCAUUGGCCGCACCCACCUGGACAUCUAUGAUCACCACCAGUCACAGGACGCCUUGCUUCAGGCACAGACUGCCUUCGAGAAAAGCUUGGCUAUAGUGGAGGAGAAGCUGGAAGGAACGUUGGCCAAACGAGAGCUGAGUGAGAUGAGGACCCGACUCUACCUUAACCUGGGCCUCACCUUCGAGAGCCUGCAGGAGAUGGCUCUUUGCAACGCCUACUUCAAGAAGAGUAUCUUUCUUGCUGAGCAGAACCACCUCUACGAGGACCUGUUUCGUGCCCGCUACAACCUGGGCGCCAUCCACUGGCGCAGGGGGCAGCACUCCCAGGCCAUGCGCUGCCUGGAGGGGGCCCGGGAGUGCGCGCGUGUCAUGAAGCAGGCCGUCAUGGAGAGCGAGUGCUGCGUGCUCACCUCACAGGUCCUCCAAGACCUGGGGGAUUUUUUGGCUGCCAAGAGAGCCUUGAAGAAGGCCUAUAGGCUUGGCUCCCAGAAGCCUUUGCAGAAGGCAGUGGUCUGCCGGACCCUCAAGUAUGUGCUGGCAGUGGUCCGGCUGCAGCAGCAGCUGGAGGAGUCCAAGGGUAGUGACCCUCAGGCCACCAUGGGCAUCUGUGAGCAGUUGGGGGACCUGUUCUCCAAGGCCGGCGACUUCCCCAAGGCCGCCAAGGCCUACCAGAAGCAGCUGCAGUUGGCGGAGCUGCUUCGCAGGCCAGGCCCUGAGCUGGCUGUCAUCCACGUGUCUCUGGCUGCCACCUUGGGAGACAUGAAGGACCACCGCCAGGCCGUGCACCACUAUGAGGAGGAGCUAAGGCUGCGUGGCGGCAACGCCCUGGAGGAGGCCAAGACCUGGUUGAACAUUGCACUGUCCCGUGAGGAGGCCGGAGAUGCGUACGAGCUGCUGGCGCCAUGCUUCCAGAAGGCUCUCAGCUGUGCCCAGCAGGCUCAGCAGCCCCAGCUGCAGAGGCAGGCCUUACAGCACCUCCACACCGUGCAGUUGAGGCUGCAGCCCCAGGAGGCCCCUGGCACUGAAGCCAGGCUGCAGGAGCUGGGUGUGGCUGAGGAUGAGGAGGACGAGGGCGACCAAGGGGACGACGACGACGACACCCUGGAGGCCAUCGAGAUGGAGCUCUCGGAGAGCGAGGAUGAAGCUGAUGGCAGGUCCCUGCAGCUAGAGGAGGAUGAGGAGCUUCCAGGCUGCCUGGGCCGGCAGAGGGUGAACAAGUGGAACCGGCGCAACGACGUUGGGGAGACCCUGCUGCAUCGGGCCUGCAUCGAGGGCAAGCUGGGCCGCGUCCAGGACCUCGUGAGGCAGGGCCACCCCCUGAACCCUCGGGACUACUGUGGCUGGACGCCCCUGCAUGAGGCCUGCAACUACGGGCAUCUGGACAUCGUCCGUUUCCUGCUGGACCAUGGGGCUGCGGUGGAUGACCCAGGUGGCCAGGGCUGUGAGGGCAUCACUCCCCUGCACGAUGCCCUCAACUGUGGCCACUUUGAGGUGGCCGAGCUGCUCAUCAAGCGAGGAGCGUCGGUCACCCUCCGAACCAGGAAGGGCCACAGCCCGCUGGAGACCCUGCAGCAGUGGGUGAAGCUGUACAGCAGGGAUCUGGACAGUGAGACGCAAGAGAAGGCGGGUGCCAUGGAGAGGCUGCUCCAGGCGGCCUCCUUGGGCCGAGCUCCUAACGGCUCCCCGGCUCCCCAGACCCUCCCAAGUAACCAUCUAUUUGACCCUGAGACCUCUCCCCCAUCAAGCCCCUGCCCAGGAUCCCGAGGGGCCUGUCAGGCAAGUGCCAGGGCCUCACAUGAGGCACCAGUUGUGACCAGACCUCGGAGGAGCAGGCACAGGCUGGCCAGCAGUAGCAGCUCAGAGGGUGAGGACGGCUCAGGUCCCCCACAGGCAACCCAGAAGAGGCCCCGGCACUCUGUCCCAGCCCAGCAGGCCAAGGCCUGGAUGCCUGGCCCCAGCAGUGAAGGGGAGGCAGCCAUGGCAAGUGCUGGCUGGGUGGCCUACCGUGCAGCUAUCCGUGGUGUGGGUAGUACCCAGAGCUGCUGCCUGGGUCCCAGCCCACUGCAAGGCCCUGACGAGGCCCCCAGCCUCCCAGCAGCACUCGUCCAUGGGGAGGAAUGCUUGACUGAGGACUGGCUGGAGGAUGACUUGCCUUGGACCCACAGCCACCCGGAUAUCUGGCAGCCCCUCCCCCAGAGCAAUGGGGACGGCAGGAGGCUCAGUACUUCGGGAUCAGGUGGCAGUGCGAGUCCCAUCAGGCCUCGGACCCGGGCCAGACAGAGCCGUCUGCCCUCCCUCAAGAGUUGGAGUGCACUGGUCAGACCAGAGGGAGACUGCAGCCCAGCCACGGGGGCCCCACAGGGCCCCGAGGUCCCCAGGACCUCGGGGCCCAGUGGGGAGAGCCCUGCAGCAGGCCAGCCCUCGGCCCUGCCCCCCCCCAUCCGAGUUCGAGUCCGAGUGCAGGAUAAUCUCUUCCUCAUCCCUGUCCCGCACAGCAGGGAGGCCCACUCUGUGGCCUGGCUGGCUGAGCAGGCCGCCCAACGUUACUACCAGGCCUGUGGGCUGCUGCCACGGCUCACCCUACAAAAAGAGGGGGCCCUGCUGGCCCCCCAGGACCCCAUCCCUGAUGUGCUGCAGAACAAUGAGGAGGUGUUGGCUGAGGUGACUUCCUGGGACCUUCCCCCACUGAUGGACCGCUACCGCAGAGCCUGCCAGAGCCUGGAGCAAGGGGAGCACCGGCAGGUACUGCAGGCCAUGGAGCACCAGGGCUCAGGCCCUUCGUUCAGCGCCUGCUCCCUGGCCCUGCGCCAGGCCCAGCUCACCCCUCUGCUGCGGGCCCUGAAGCUGCACUCGGCGCUCCGGGAACUGCAUCUGGCAGGGAACCAGCUGGGGGAUGGAUGCAUUGCUGAGCUGCUGGCUGCCCUGGACACUGUGCCCGGCCUGACCCUCCUGGACCUCUCCUCCAAUCACCUGGGCCCUGAAGGCCUGCGCCAGCUUGCCACAGGCCUCCUGGGGCAGGCCACCUUGCAGAACUUGGAAGAGCUGGACUUAAGCAUGAACCCCCUCGGGGAUGGCUGUGGCCGGGCCCUGGCCUCUGUUCUGCAGGCCUGCCCCUUGCUCCGCACGCUGUACCUUCGGGCCUGUGGCUUUGGCCCCAGCUUCUUCCUUAACCACCAGGUGGCCCUUGACAAUGCCUUCCGAGAUGCCAAGUGCCUGAAGACACUGGCCCUGUCCUACAAUGUCCUGGGCGCCACAGCCCUGGCCCAGGCCCUGCAGAGCCUGCCCGCCCACACCCUCCUGCGCCUGGAGCUGAGUGCUGUGGCAGCCAGCAAGAGUGACACAGGCCUUGUGGAGCCCAUGGUCAGAUACCUGACGAAGGAAGGCUGUGCUCUGGAGCAUCUGAGCCUGUCGGCAAACCACCUGGGCGACAAGGCAGUGAGAGACCUGAGCAGAUGUCUCCCCCUCUGUCCCUCGCUGGUCUCACUGGACCUGUCUGCCAACCCCGAGAUCAGCUGUGCCAGCCUGGAGGAGCUCCUGUCUGCCCUCCGAGAGCGGCCCCAAGGCCUCAGCUUCCUUGGCCUGGCAGGCUGUGCUGUCCAGGGCCCCCUGGGCCCGGGCCUUUGGGACCAGGCUUUGGGACAGCUGCAGGAGCUACAGCUGUGCAGCAGACGUCUCUCCGCUGAGGACCGGGGUGCCCUGCACCGGCUGCUGCCCAGCCGGCUGGGCCCCAGAACCUGCACGCUGGACCAAGGCCAUAAGCUCUUUUUCAAGCGCCUCUGACAGGCCAGCACCAUGCCCGCCCUCCCUGCCCACCCAAGCCCCUAAUAAAGCAACUCUGCUACCGCC